UCAAUGUCAAAUGUCAACUGUCGUCGUCGCCAGGUCAAACAAAUCCUUUAGUGAGAAAACAGUGAUAGAAUAAUUAUUAUUUUGUGAAAACUGCUAAUUCAAUACAUUCAAAAUGGCUAGUAUACCUCUAAUGUACGCUCAAGAAGAUUGUGAGCUCGGGGAGAAAGGAAACAUAGAGGAUGACUUCGCAUACCGUAACAACGUAGUAAAUGCAGACAAGGAGAUUCGUCUUGGCUUCAUUCGCAAAGUGUACAGUCUGCUCACAAUACAGCUGCUGGUGACGGUUGCGAUUGCCGCUGUGUUCCUACUUGUUAAACCUGUCCAAGGAUUCAUACAUUCAAAUGAUUGGAUGGUGUUCAUCGCUUUCAUCCUGAGUAUGGUCACCUUGUUUGCGUUGAUCGCGAAGCGCCGGGACUACCCCGCCAACCUCUACCUGUUGGCUGGAUUUACGGUUAUACAAGCAUACACGAUCGGCGUGGUGGUGUCGUACUUUGACACUUUCAUAGUGCUACAGGCUCUAGCACUAACAUUCACUGUGGUGUUCGCAUUGACGCUCUUCACUUUUAACACUAAACGGGACUUCUCCUUUGUUGGUUAUGGACUCGUAGCUGGACUCAGCGUGCUUAUUAUCGGUGGGCUCAUACAAAUAUUCCUACAAAGCUCCGCUUUCGAAGUCGCUCUGUCAUUCGCUGGGGCCAUUUUCUUCGGCCUGUUUUUAAUUUUCGACACGCAACAGCUGAUGACCACUCUCUCUCCAGAAGAAUACAUUCUGGCCACAAUUAACUUAUACAUGGAUAUUCUCAACUUAUUCCUGUAUAUUUUGCGCAUUUUAAACGAAAUAAAUCGUAAUUAAUUCAGUAUUAUGUUAUCUGUUACCUCACAAAUUAAAAAAAUAUUUUUCUCUGUAUAGAUUUAUAUUUGAUAUUGUAUAUAAAAUAAUUAUCGGUUUCGUUCGCCGGUGCUAUUUAUUGAUGUUUUAAAGGUUUUUAGUAUCGUAUCGUAUUAUAUUGUAUUGGACUUUAUUUUCCGUAAAAAUGGCUGUGAGUGAAAGUAGUAUCUGUUUAUUUUCCAAACAUUCAAUGAAUUUAGUUUCGAUCAUAAUAUGUAUGACGUAAGCACAUUUUUGCCAUCAUUUAACAAUCUAAUAUCAAUGUGUCCAAUUGCAAAUAAAUUGUUUGGAAAAAA